GCUGCACCCGCCGCUCAUGAGAGAAGGGGAUUUUAUUCUUAUUUAAAACCCUAGUUGGCCCCUUCUCACAAUUUCAACGGCUGCUUCUGACGAUGCAAUGGACGCCCCCACCAAAUGGGAGUUCAGCUGCGACUUGGAAGUAGAUUACGAGUCCAAUGAAAAAGCUAGCAUGGUUUAUUCAGCAUUGGUUGUCGAUAAAGAGUUGCAGCCGGACAAGGUGAAAAGGGAGAUGUCAAUCUCCAAUGGGAAGCUUUCAGUGCAUUUUGAGGCUGUUGAAGCAAGGUUUCUUCGUGCAUCAUAUAGUGCUUUUGUUGACGUUCUUACACUUGCGACGAAGACAAUUGAAGAAUUUGGCCGAAGGGAUUGAAUUGUGACAUGAACUUGAUGUUAUCAAGAGUUGUAUCAUUGGUUGAAUUUAUGACUCAUACGUUUUUUCUUAAAUUUUGACAUGAACUUGAUGUUGUUAUAAAGAGUUGCAUCAUUGGUGAAAUAAAUGAUUCAUAUUUUAUACCUUUGUCUUGUGACUAAGGUCCCA